CUUCACCACACCACGUCAAGCUGCUGCUGUUUCUAACCUGACUUUUAGCAGAAAAGUCAGUAAACUUGUUACUUGACGCAUGGUACCAAAUUUUUGCUAUCAGAGUUGUCGGGACGCUCUAUCUUAUCAAUGUUACUGUUAUGAUGUGAAUAAGAAGCAAAACAUCCAAAGCUUGUAGCUAUUUUGGUCCGGAAAGCCUCCUGUGGUUAGAAGAAGAAUUUUUGUUUUUAAAUAUCAACAAUUCAGGUUUCUAUAAACACGAAGAAAUGUAAAAGUUUUUCGCAGUAUAAGUCUAAUAAUUUCACGCGCGCGCGCACACACACAUUUUUACGUGUAUUGAUAGAACUACAGAUUGAAAGAAAAAAAAACCAAAAGAAAAAACUACAAACUAUUCAUCAUGAGUGAAGAGGCUGUGGUUAUGAGGCCCGGAAAGGCCAGUCGCUUCGCCAAACGUAAAAAGGAUCGAUCGAAACGUGCUCGUUCUGAUGGAUUUGUUCUGGGCCAAGCGAUUUGUCCAGGCUCCGACGACGAAGAUGUUGCCGGGGACGGAGCUGGUGAUGAACAUAAUAAAAAACCCGAAGAAAGUGAUGCUACAGAAUUUCUGUGGUGGAUCCGUAAUCCGACAGUUCAAAACCUGGGCAAGUUGUGCCGAGCAAUUAAAUGCAGUGAUUUGGACUGGAUGAAAGAAUUUCUAGAAUUUGAUGGAUUAGGUCUUUUAUUCCAGUGUUUACGUAAUCUAACCGAAGUGCACAGUCCCCAUCUAAGCGACAUGGUAUUAAGGAUGGAAUGCAUUAUGUGUAUCCGAGAAGUAGCCAACUCUCAGAUAGGACUUAACUGUUUACUGAGUUGUAAACAUCGCAGGGAUAAUAUCUUUGGGCGCCGUUUUGCCGCAGUAUUGGAAAACAGAAACCCUAUUGUGAAGAUGCAAAUCUUUGAGCUGAUGUCAGCAUUGUGUUUGUACUCACGUGAAGGUUAUUUCCUCACUCUUGAUGCUUUAGAAAAAUAUAAGACCUGGCAGAAAUUACAAUAUCGAUUUAGUCUGAUAUUAAAUGAACUACGUCAUGCAGAUUUGGCAACAUAUCAAGUUAGCAUUAUGGCACUUGUUAAUUCCAUAAUUUUUGCCAACGAGAACAUCCUGGAUAGAAUGAGAAUUCGGAAUGAAUUUAUUGCAUUGAAUAUAGAAGAAACGAUAGCCGUGGUGUGUGAGAAUAUCGACAACCCUGACUUUCAAAUACAAUGGGAUGUUUUCAAGGAUGAGAUGUCUGCUGACCAAGAAGCCCUGGAGGAAACGAAAGAUGGAAAUGUCAACGUUAAUAACCCACAAGAACUGUUCACAGCUAUUUAUAACCGGGUUCGAGAGACACCAUUAUCUGCUGCUUUUGUUUCCAUUCUCCAGAGUUUAUUUCAAAUAAAUGCAAGUAUGUCACAAAGCAAAAAUAUAACCUAUUCAUAUUUCAGUGUAUGGAAUGAUGUUUUAAAACUGAAUGACCCUGUGAACAUGAAAUACCAGUACUUACAGGAGUUAUUUGCUCAAAAGGAAGGCUCCCAGUCUCAACAAAAGGAGAAAAGUCCUAUUCGCAGUAGCGUCACAACAGAGAUAACCCUAAUUGAUCCCAAAAAGAGUAUGAACUUGAAUAUUUUCCUGAAACAAUUUCGUCGCAGCAACAAGGAAAUUGUGGAUCUAAUUAGGAAAGCUGACACUAGGACCUUUGGUGUGGAGAAGUUGAAAGGUUUAAUUAAGUUGCUCCCACAACCGGAUGAGAUUGAUUUGAUUUCAAAUUUUGAUGGUAAUGUUGACAAACUUGGAAAUGCUGAGAAAUUCUUCCAACUUUUGAUACAGCUUCCUGAUUUUCGGUGCCGCCUUGAAUCUAUGCUCUUGGUUGGUGAUUUCAGUUCUCAAUUAGCUUUGAUACGUCCAAACAUUCAGCUGCUUCUUCAGAUUUGUACAAAACUUACAAAUAAUGUUGCAUUGAAGAAAUUUCUUCGUUACGUCCUUCAGGCUGGGAAUUUUCUUAACAAGGGGACAACUUCCGGUAAUGCAGUUGGUUUCCGUAUUAGUUCAUUGAACAAAUUGAUUAUGACACGAUCUAAUGUGGCUCGCAUUUCUCUGCUGCAUUAUAUCGUUGAAGAAUGUGAAAAGGAGGACAAAACUACUUUGAGAUUUGUUGAUGAUCUCUUAGAACCAUUACAAAAGUCUACUAGAUUCAAUUUAGAAAAUAUCAAGUCAGAAUUUAAACAGUUAAAGAAUAAUGUGAUAUGUGUCCGAAAUCAGCUCAACAAAGCUGAAACUGAAAUAUCACAGCAGUUUGAAGACUUUAUGGAGGAUGCUGAAUGUGACUUAGAAGAAGUGGAAAAAUCUAUUGAACGUCUGGAUAAGUGUUCGCGGUAUGUUGCAAGACACUUCUGUGAAAAUGAGAGAACAUUUAAUUUGGCAGAAUUUCUUGAGGUGUUUCGAGAAUUUUGUGUCAAAGUCAAAAACUGUCAACAGGAGAAUGUCAACAGAUUGGAACAAGCCAAAAAGAUGGAGCAAAGACUUCAAAAUCAAUCACAGUUGGCUGAGAGGAGAAAAGUCUUCCUUCCCAAACAAGAAGAUCGUAAAAUUGUGGAUAAUUUGGUCUGUGAAAUCCGUCGUGGCAAGGUGUUACGUCGUCUGUCAAUGAGAAAUAAAGGCCAGCUGCAUGCUUCGAAAAAAGGAAUUUCAGUCUGACACUUCGGUAUAAAUAUACAGUAAACUAUUUAAUGCUACUGCUGGACUACGCUUAAAAUACUCAGUAUAGCAAUAUCUAAGACCCAAUUCGAAAGAAAAGCCUUAGAUAUUGUUAAGAAUAAAAAGAACAUCUUGAGAAAUUGAAUGGACAUUUUCAAGAAGUUAUUUUCUGCAAUCAAAUUCUUAACUGUUCUUUAUAUUUUGUAAAACUCGUUUUAUAUUUUAUUGAGUGUUUUACUGAUUGUUAUAUAUUUUUUUCUAUCUGAUAAAACUAUUCUGUUUCAGAUACAGGUACGAAAUCGAUCUCCGGAACAUUUGGUUCCAAAGCCUUUCCGUUUUACUGAUUUUUCCGAACCAAGGAGGAGGGAAUCACUUUGGUCAUCACACUCUAAAUCAAACAAAUAUUAAAUAUACUGAAAUAAGUAAAUAAAAUGCAGAUACCUGUACAUUCGUAUAAAUUAUACAAGUUUAUUAAUAUUGUACUGUGCAAGGCACCAGUAAUCUAGUCUGGCGACCACGGGUGUUUCCAGUUCCUGUAAGUAAAUUAGUGCGGAUUAUUAGAGGUUCCGGAUCACCAGUGUCCGGAAAUUCGGUGUUGUACCUGUAUAGAUUAUUUUAUUUUAAAACUGAUGUUCAGUAUAUAUUUGAUGCUGUUUUUAUUACGGUAUUUAUUUGGCUGUGUCUCUUAACGUGCUGAUUUCGAAUUUCGUCUAGGUCGAUUAAAUAUGCACGGUUGAAUAACUGACUUCGAUAUUAUCGACGAUACGCCCAUCCCCUGCUAUUCCCGCUAAACACGGGUUCUCUUGCCUAUGUUAAAAACGAUGUUUAAAUUUACCGCCAUUAGACAAAUACGGAUUAUCAUUCUUAAAAUAAUAUUAAGUAUAUUUUCAAUAUAUGUUUACAGCUGAAGUUAAUAACGUUAUAAGCAUAUUAAAAAGAAAUCGGCCGUAUCUUAUUUAAAUGUUCUAAUAUAAAAUACCACAAACAACCUCUAUACGGUUGCCUAACCUGCUUACCAAAUUUCCCAUAAAUCACAUCUCUUUGCAUCUUGUUAUAAUUCGAUAAUAUCCUAGACAUACUAUAUAAAAAAAUAGAUAAAUAAACGAGACGAGUUAUUCAUGGCUGGAACGCCGCUUUGAUCAUAGCACGGCUUUGGUCAAGACUAGGCAUUACCACCAACGUAAUAAAAUGCCAUACAAUAUCCGAGUAAAGUAAAAUUGAACAAGUGGUUACUUCUGAUGAAUUUACCGUCAAAGGGAAGAGAAUCCCUUCUAGGUUACGUUAAGAUGAAGGACAUGCAGAGUAAAAUUAUUUUAACGUGAAAAGUUCCGUAAAUAAGUAAUCGUCUGGCAUUUUAAACAACACUGAUUAUAGGGAGAUGGUAGGGAAAAUGCCGUUAUUUAAAAAGUAUUCUUAACUAAUGCGUUGGAUGCCUACACAAUAUCCCCUAAACAGAUAGAAUCCGCACCUUCUAAAGGUUAUAAAAAUCUAUUAAGACUUAUAUACUUCUUUCUAAUUUUUUUAGCACAAGGUUAGCGACGUUGAAGGGAGGAGGCAGUCGAUUAUAUCAGCUCUAGUGCUCAACUGGUGCUUAUUUUAUCGAACCCGAUAAGAUGAAAGGCAAAGUCGAUCUCAGCGCAUUUGAGCUCAGAACGUAAAACCGAAAGAAAUGUUUCUAAGCAUUUGUCCCCCGUGCUAACGGUUCUGUCAGCUCGCCAUCUUAAAGUAUAACGAUUUCUAUUGUUGAAGUUUAUGAAAGAUUUAAACUAACUACUUCCAUGAGAAGUUGUUCUUGCACAACGAACGAACACCCC